GCAAACCCCCGUAUGAUUGGAUAGAAGGCUGCGAGGAGCCAAUAGCGUGCGACUACGUCAUGACUUGACGACGAUUGCACCAAAUUUGUAUUUUCGUGCACGAGCAGCUUCUUGUACUAGUUUUAGAUCUGUUUAAGCAGCAACCAUGAUGGAUGCACUGUCAGUUGUGACUCAGCUUCGGGACCUGGCUUCAGAACCGCAGAACCGUGCGGUGAUAGUCCAGGAUCAGGGCUGUCUCCCCGGUCUGGUUCUCUUCCUGGACCACCAGAACCCAGACGUGCUACUUGCAACUCUUCAGACUCUGCGCUACUUGGCUGAGCUGUCCCCCAAUAUCACCACCAUGAAGAAUGAACUGGGUAUGAUGGUGAGCUUGGAGAACCUAAUUGGGAGGGAGGGUCUUUCAGUUGACAUCACAGCCUUGGCACAGGAAGUGUUUGACAUUCUGAGUUCACCUCCUGCUUCUGUGCCACGCACACCCGAGAGAGCAAAGAGAAAGAAACCCCAGUUCUUCAUCAACUCCUCUAACAAGAAAGCCAAGUCUGUGACUCUGCACAUCCAGGGGCUGGACAGCUCUGACCACAGGGGUUUGUGCGAGGAGGCUCUUCUGAAGGUCAGAGGUGUGAUCAGUUUCACCUUUCAGAUGGCCUCUAAGAGAUGUACCGUCCGCAUCCGAUCAGACCUGCCUACGGAGAGUCUGGCAUCUGCCAUUGCUGACACUAAGGUGUUGUCAGCUCAACAGGUGGUGAAGAAUGAGGCUGGAGAAGAGGUUUUUAUCCCUCUGAACCCAAAUGGAGCAAAAGUGCAACAGAACUCAGCCCUCCCAGACUACCUCCCAGAGGAGGAGGACAGUCCAGAGAGGGAAGUAGACCGAGCUAUUUCCCGAACCACAGCAAAGGAAGAUUCUAAUGGAAGCUGGCUCAAUGCUGCAGCCAGUUUUCUAACCAAAACUUUCUACUGGUGAAACUUUAAACUGUCCUAUUCCUUAGGAAAAACAUUUGGUCAAAAGACUUCUGUGGCUGAUUGUUACUAAAGCGGACAUUACUGGAAGUUGGACAUCCUGGUUGUGUGUACAUGGUGUGAAUGCCAUCAACUCACAUUACCAUGUGACAAAAACCCUCAUUCUCAACAUGUGUUAUCACAGCCUGUUUUACCUCUCUUCUUCGUAAAUACUGAAAAACACUUGAAAAAAUGUUUUUGGUCUUGGCUGACGCUGUUCAAUCCAUUACUCUUACUGAAUGUAAAUAUGUUCUGUCUGACUUUAAAAACUAACACAAUUCUCUGUACUUGUAAAAAACAAAAAAAGGUUUCUACUUUUGAAGGUGAUGGAAAACAUUUUCUCAUAUCCUACUUUGUUUCAGGGAGUUUAUUUUAAAUAAACCCACAAAAUGUU